UUUUUGGUAUUACACGUGACUUGUUCUGCACGUUGGAAUUUCCCGCGAGGUUUUAAAAACAUGGCGGACCAUGCGGUCGAGGAGAAUUCAGCUGUGUUACCGAGCGCAACAGUUCUCUUUGAAGCUCAGUCGCCCUGCACUCAGUAUAACAACGACGAAAAUAGUCCUCUAAGUCCCGGAGAAAUUCGAAUGAUGAGAAAUCACCCUAAAGUUGCGUCUAUGCUCUUUUCUCCCGCGCGGAAAACGCGAGGGGAAGGAAAAAUUAAACCAAAAUCUUUUUCUUCGGCUUUGUAUUCUUCACCCACGAGGAAAACGGUAUGUUCGUUGAAUCCUGUUCGUUACGUUUAACUCUCUUUUUGUUUAGGAGGCGUUGGAUGGUUGUUCUCAUGCUUCCUGCUGAAUUAAACUAAGUUUUUUUUCACUUUGUGGCAGAAACUACAAGGACUCGAAAACGAGAAGCGAAAAACACUUCAAGUUCUUCAACCGACGGCUAGCGGGGAUGGUACACUUGUGGGAAGUCGUGGUGUGAUAAGACAUAAGGAAACGGUGAGGGUCGGUUUUAUGCUUGGAAGCUUCCGAAACGGUUGUACUUUCAAGGUCGAAGGUUGAAAACCUCAAUGCCAGUUUCAGAAUACCCUGCCAUAAUAAUCGGAGAAACGAACAAGGCGUAACCCCGGGGGGGGGGCACUUGGGUAUUUUUUGGGUGGGUAUGUGCCGCCAGGGACUCCGAAUAUGCACCCCGUUCUAAAAAAAAUUUCCCCUAAAAUUGAUACCCCGUUCUAGAAAUGGCCCAAUUUUUCAUACCUCAUUCUAGAAUUCGCCCUAAAACGGAUACCCCGUUCUAGAAAUGGGCCAAUUUUUUAUACUCCGUUCUAGGGUGCAAUAAGAGUAUAACAGUUUGCUUGUUAACGCAUUGAACCGUAUUUUUAAAAGCAAUCUGUCCUUGAAUAAUUUCAAAUGGCUGCUUACAAAACUGGAGCUUUCAUGCGUUCGAAAUAUUAUACCCCGUUCUAGAAAACAUCUCUGAAAUGGGUACUCGUUCUAAACCAGGAGCUUCAAAAUCAAGACCCCGUUGGGCGGCACAUACCCGUAUAGGUAAUGUAUGGGAGUACCCCCCCCCCCCGGGGGUGUAACAUAAGAGGCACUUCUGUUGUUCAAAGAGAUACAAAUAGGUGGCGGGGUUUUCGGUGCCCCGUAGUGAAUUUUAAAUUUUAAUGACCCGGACAAGUCCAUUUUCCGGCCAUGAAAGUGGAAGAUACAGAAGAAGAGCAAAUAACUUUUUAUUUUUUUUACCGAGGACCUCUACAAUACUACUGUAGUCGCAAGAGAUAAAGUUGCCUGUUCUGCUUUGGACCACUUCGUGGGUUAUCAACUUGUUAUUUUUCCUUUCAAUAUCCCUUCUAGUCUGCCUUGUCCCAGUCAAGGGAUAAAUAUGGAACAAUAAUAUCCAUUUACAGAAUGGAUGUGAAACAAAGCCAACACAUUCUACUCCUUUAUACUAAGCCCAAGUGUUGGUCCAGCCGGACCUGACCCCUCAAAGUCUGGUACUCUACUGAUUGAGCUAACUAGUUGGCAUGAACUGCCAACCAAAUGCCUAGGUAGUACAGCGUAUUAACCGGGGGGGGGGAGACCAAAUAUGAAAGGGGUGGGGAUGUUCGUUGGAAAUUUUGAAUUAAACCCCCAAAAGGAGACCCAUCUGGGCGUGGCUCAAGCUUUUUUUGACCCCUAAAAGAGACCAUGUUAAAACACUGAGAAUAUUGUUAAUUAUAUAUUUUUGUAUUUUUUCGCAUGCAACCCUAAACGAGACCUUCACAGCUAAAUAUGAUGGCGUCCCCCAGGGUAUUAAACUGCUAUUAGGCUUGUUGAUUACCAGCCGUCGUAUAUGAUUGGAAAAUGAGCCCUUACUCAUUCCCCCAGAAGAGUGCAGGGCAGGGCUGGAUGCAUCUAAUUUCUAUUUUUGUAUUUAGCCAUUCAGGUUGGACUCUAGAGAAUGGCUGAAAUCGAGCCUAAACUGCAAUAUGGCAAAUUGUAGUCAAUUAACCAUAAUUUUGCUUUUUCCCUUACCUUUCCCAUGCCUAUUUGAAAGAAAUCAAAGAAGAACAAGACUCCUGUGUUGCAACUCAAGCAACAGAAGCUCAAGAUUCCAGCAUCAGGCAGCAGCACCUCAACAUGCACAGAUUCAUCUGAUUCAGACACAGCAGGGAGUUCAGUAAAGAAGGUACAAUCAAACAAAACUGAAAUUCAGCGAGAUGCACAUGCACACUACUAGGCUUUUUGACAUAUUCUUGUCUGAACCCUAUGCUAUACCAAUGAGUGCUAGCAGGGACAAAACAGCUGUCUGUGCAUGGUUUUUGAUGAUUGUAUUGUUGUGUGCCUGUGUUUUGUACUGGCCAUACUGCAGAAUUGUCGUAGCAUGCUUUUUUGUAGAAUUUUGUUUUGCGCUGGUAUAUUGAGACACUUCAAUCAAUGAACAACUCUUUCAGCAUUUUCAUUGAUGACAAAAUAAAAUUUUAGUGACAAAAUGGCUGAUCAUGAUCAUGAGACAGUUUGAUUUUAGGGUUUUGUUUUGCACUGGGGACAAAUAGUGAGCUCAGAACAUCCCCCCACCUUAAUCAAUCAGAAUUUUUGUUGUGAUAUGCUACAGAUCCUUCUUCUGAACAGCAAUUGAACAUUGAAGAAGGAAAAGGGACAAAAGAGAUGGUUCAAGCUAAUUUGAAAAAUAUAAUGUUGAUAAUAUCUAAAUUUUUUUUACCUUUCAUUGUCUUAACAGUUUUGUCAAUUUUUUGCCAUCAAGUUGAAAAACUGAUUUGCAUGAAGAGAAUCAUCUCAAAUUUUGAAUGAAAAAAUCAAGAAUUAAUAAUAUUUACGUAUAACCAGCCUUGAGUUGACACAUUGUUAUUUGUAGGACACAAAAAAGUUACAAAGCGAUGUGAAUGAAGAGGCAAUAUCCUUGAUGGUUUCAGGUAGUUAAAUUUUUUAAAAUUAACUGUUUUGACCACCUCUAGUUUAACCUGGGACACUUUCACAUGGUCUUUGUUUUUGAAAAAAGAUUUUGUUGUCAAUGAUUGAGAAUUGCCAGCUCUAUGCCUUUUUAUCAGGCACCAGAUCCUGUUUUUGCAAAGCUGCAGUAGGCACAACAAUUCAGGGAAUACAGUGGUCAUGUUCCAAUACUCUCUCCAAGUGCACUUAUUUAGUCACCUGAGUAGCCUCUAUAGAUGCUCACACCACCCUUCAACCCUUGGUUUGUUGUAGAAAAAAGUGAAAAUCGACAAAGUUUACCCAUUUAACUGUGCUCCCAUGUUGUGCAUAUAGUCAUGUACUCUGAACCAUUUUUAACUGUGUACACGUUUAUGCAGAUCCAGCACCUGAGAGAUACUGGGAGCUGCUUGCAGAGGAAAGAAGGCUGGCUUUGCAAGAAGCGCUGGAAGAAAAUGAGAGGGUUAGUUUUUUUCCCUUGUACUGUGAUGCUUUUACUUUAUGAACAAAAAGUCAUUGGUCAUUGUUGCAUGAAUUUAAAAGACUUGAGUUGUGUUUGUUUUGAUCAGCUUUACAAAGAGAUGGAAGAGCUUAAAGAACAAAACAAAACCUUGCAAGAAAUAGCUGGCCAGGCAGAAUAUUUUGCUUCCCUCUACCAGGUACAUGCAGUAAUGAUGCAAAAGUCAGUUUUAACUGAUUAAACAUACCUUAAAUGAAAAAAACAAAGAUCUUACUUGAUUCAUUUAGUCUUUUUUCGAGUAUCCAAAUUGGGCGAGCGAAAAAAAGGCUCUGCUUACAGGGUGUAGCUCUUUUUGUCAGCUAAAUAUCUAACCUGAGAUCAGGUUUAAUUUUAGCAGUUCUCACACAUUCACUCUAACAGCUACCACUAUGUUUUCGUUUUGCCUCACCCGCCGGAAUGAUGUUACAAAGCGAAACGAAAAUUGAGCCUGAUCUCAGGUUACUAAAUAUCCUAAUCUUGGUCAUUAGAAACUCUUCAAAUAAGCUGAUACCUUGUGGAGGGAUGUACGCUCACUAUAGGAUUAUGCUUAAGAGUGGGAUCUUAAAAAAAAAAAGCAUUUUAAUAAGUAAGAUUGUUAUAUAUAACUAUUACAGCUGACAUUUUGGCAUCACUACCGGGUUUGUAAUGGCGGUGUAAAACAUUCUUUGUCUGUUUUCUCAGCCUAAGUUGACUGUACUGUUUCUUCAUUUUUUAGAUGGUCAUGGAGGGUGAAGUUCCUGACACAGAAUCUAGUGAGGCAACUGAUGAUGAAGGUGUAGCAACUGCCAGGUAA